AUGGCCCUUGACACUCUCGACCCCCUCCCCCCUGAAGUCCGCCAACUCAUCUUCGAGUACCUCCAGGCGACCACCGACAAACCCACCCUUGCUACCCUCGCGCGCGUCUCCCGAAAACUCUACGCCAAGUCGAUCCCUUGCCUGUACAAGAGGGUCAAUCUCAACGGUUCCAAUGCGGAGGCCUUCUUUGGGCGUCUCGUAGCAGAAGGUCGAGACGGUGUUGAACGGGAGGUUACCGCCCAUAAGGCGCAUCUCCUUCACUACGUUUCGCAGCUGGAACGGCUGCCUGACGGAAUCCCAUCCUCCCAUUUCAUUCCAUGGAGGACUACUCAUAUACGUCUCGAGGAUGGCCCUGCUGCUAUAUCUCUGCUAGAGGCUGUUACUUGCCUCCGACAUCUUCGCGGCCAGCUCCGAGCAAAUAUGGACGGCCUCAGUGGAGCUCGCAAGGAACAAGCGUUGAGGGGGGUCUCCAAGACGUUGCUCAACGACUGCGCCCCCGCCUCAGUAGCCCUGGGGGAGCCUCUGGCUAGAUGUAUCAUCUUCUUUCCGGACUUCUGGAAGGACGUCAUUAACCUUCUGAAGGGGGUUGCCAUGGGCCCUAUCUACUCGAUUUGCCUUCGCCUUCCUCCCAACUGCCCGAAUGCCGGGGCAAGUCAGUACUGCAAAGACAUGCUCCUAUCCGGUCGUCUACUCGGCAAUAUUCCGGGACAACUGUGUAUCCACAACGCCAAUCCCCUGGACCAUAUGUCAGGGAAAGCUGUCAGUGACCUACACAUCUCUUUACUCCCUGAGGGCUCGCCGGGUAUGAUCUCACACGAGAGCAGUAUUGGAGCGUUCAUGGAUCAUUUCAUUGCCGGCGUGGACGACUUGUGA